UGAACCACGUGACCGUGGAGCUGUACGGUGGCUGUGAUGGCUGAGACUCCGCUGAUCAGCAGUUUGAGAGAGUCAGUAUACAGGAGGAGCGGAGAGACAUGAGGACAGCUCUGAGAGACCGGGGAGAAAGUUAGAAGGGGAGAGCUCUUGGUCAGUGCACUAUGGCUGCUGGUGAAGGCAACGGGGCUGCAGCGGAGGCUGGACCUGAGAGUGACCUUCACGUUCCCUUCAUCCUGGAGGAACGUCAGCGAGAGGAGGAACCUCUGAAGAAAGUGCUGAGUCAGAAGCUGAAAGAGCAGUGUUCCUGCAGCCCAACUCGAGCCAAAGCCCUGCUCUUCGACUCCAUACCCAUUCUGAAAUGGCUGCCUCGAUAUCAGAUCAAAGACUGGAUUAUAGGAGACAUGAUGUCCGGCGUCAUUGUGGGCAUUCUGCUGGUGCCCCAGUCCAUUGCCUACUCCCUGCUGGCAGGUCAGGAUCCAAUCUAUGGCCUCUACACAUCUUUCUUCUCCAGCAUCAUCUACGCUCUCCUGGGGACAUCCAGGCACAUCUCGGUGGGGAUCUUUGGAGUGCUGUGUCUGCUGGUGGGCCAGGUUGUGGACAGGGAGUUGGCUGUGGCUGGAUAUCUCACCGAUCUGCCGAGCAACAUGACGAGCCUGGAGAACAGCACUGCUCCCUACUGUGAUCGCAGCUGUUAUGCCAUUAUUGUAGGAGCCACCGUCACCUUCACAGCAGGAGUCUACCAGGUGUUAAUGGGUCUCCUUCAGGUUGGCUUUGUCUCAGUGUUCCUCUCGGACUCUCUCCUGAGUGGAUUUGCUACCGGUGCUUCUCUCACCAUCCUCACCUCACAGCUGAAGUAUCUAUUGGGGCUGAAGCUUCCCCGUGCCCAGGGCUGGGGCUCACUGAUCAAAACCUGGAUCAGUCUGCUGACGAACUUAGGCCAAACCAACAUCUGUGACCUCAUCACCAGCCUUAUCUGCCUUUUAGUGCUAAUACCCACCAAAGAGCUGAAUGACCGCUUUAAAUCCAAGCUUAAAGCACCCAUUCCGUUUGAGCUAUUCGUGGUCAUUAUUGCCACCCUGGCCUCUCACUUUGGCCAGUUUCAGGAGAAGUACGGAUCAGGGGUGGCAGGGGCCAUUCCCACAGGCUUCAUGCCUCCACAGCUGCCCGACUGGUCUCUCAUCCCCAAUGUAGCAGUUGAUGCCUUCUCUAUAGCCAUUGUGGGCUUUGCCAUCACUGUCUCUCUGUCUGAGAUGUUUGCAAAGAAGCACGGUUAUGUGGUGGACCCUAACCAGGAGAUGUACGCCAUCGGCUUCUGUAACAUCUUCCCGUCCUUUUUUCGCUGCUUCACCACAAGUGCUGCCUUAACCAAGACCCUGGUGAAGGAGUCUACUGGCUGCCAGACUCAAGUGUCUGGCCUGAUCACUGCACUGGUGCUGCUGUUGGUGCUGCUGGUCAUCGCUCCUCUAUUCUACUCGCUUCAGAAAUGUGUCCUGGCUGUCAUCAUCGUAGUGAACCUGCGUGGAGCUCUACGGAAGUUCCGGGAUGUUCCCCAGAUGUGGCGGACGAACCGAGUGGAUGCUACUAUCUGGCUGGUGACCAUGGCCACGUCAGCGCUGGUGAAUACUGAGCUGGGUCUUCUCGUGGGGGUGCUGGUGUCUGCCUUCUCUGUGCUGGGACGCACCCAGCGGGCUCAGGCAUUCAAGCUGGGACAAGCUGGAGACUAUGAGAUUUUUGAAGACCUGGCUUCAUACAAGGGCCUUCACACACAUCCUGGGGUGGCUGUGUUCCGCUAUGAAGCUCCAAUCUACUAUGCCAAUCAGACCCUGUUCAAGAAGUCUCUGUAUCGCAACGUGGGUCUGGACCCAGUGAAGGAGAAAGCCCGGCGCAAGAAGCUGGAGAAGCAGAAUAAGCAGAAAACACUGGAGGACGGGGUGAAGCAAGACCACGAGGCAUCAACGAAUAUGUUCCUUUCGCAGGGUCCUGCCUUUCAUACGCUGAUCAUAGACUGUAGUGCAGUGCUGUUUCUGGACACUGCGGGUGUUGGUGCACUGAAGGAGGUGCAUAAGGAUUAUAAGGAGUUGGGGGUGCGCUUGUUGUUGGCACAGUGUAAUACCUCAGUAAUAGAUUCUCUGCGGAGGGCUGGUUACUACGACCAUAAAACGGGUAGCCCAGAGAAUAUUUUUCAUACAAUCAGUGAUGCCGUCCGUUACUCCCAAAGCUUACUGUCACAGAAUGGAGACUGUGACACUUUUUGCUGAUAUGGAAAGAUGCUUUAAGCUCAGGGGCGGGCGAUAUAAUGAAAUUGAAUAUAUAUGAUACACAUCUUCAUAAUACACAGUGUGUAUUACAUCAAAUCUAAUGCGACAGCAAAGCUGUGGUGCCAACAAACACCAUAAAAUUGUAUUAAACAUACAAUAACUAAUUAUUUUAAAACCCAGCGACAGAAUGAAUCAGAGAGAAAGGUUAAACUGGUAUCAAGUCAGCUGUUUACAUGACUAAACUUAUUCAGAGUUGUUUGGACAGGAUUAUUUUUACAGGGCAUGAUUGGUAAAGUACCUGUUGCUGUACUGUAGAUUCUCACGUCAUUAAAUCCCGUCCCAGUGCGUCAUAUCAAUCUUUUUUACAUAGUGCAUUCUCCUGCAUCUGUAAAGAUCUGUAAAAUAACCUCAGAAUAUAUUAAUCCUAAGGAUCUGAUCAAACUGACAUGUGGAUAAAUAUUCCAUCAUAUGAACAGGAAAUCAUUUUUUACGCCUUUCUGAAGUAUAGAGGUGCUCAAGGUGGCCUUUUGUUUUGGUGUCUGAGGCAUAGACACUUUAAGUAAUUCAAGUCUGUGGCAAACCUCAGUCAAAUCCAGAAGACCUCCAUAUGUGUGUUUUUUGCAAUUAUUUAUCAGUAUGUGGCAUCAAAUCUAAAUAUUUUUUAUGGUGAAUUCACAGUACUGUAUAUCGCAAGGCAAUUCUCGACAGUACUUCACAGCAUCUGAUAUAUCAUGAGUGACGUAUGAUUGGCAUAUCAUCGUAUCAUGAGAUGCCCUGUGAUUCCCACCUCGAAUGAACACGCAGUGAUUAAUUUUCUGAAAAAAUUGAAUUAGAAUAAUUAGUGGGUUACACUUUAUCACUUUCGCGUAAAUCGUGUAGCCACUCUUCCCAUCUGAGUCAUUUAUGCAAAGAUGUCUUCUCUUUUCUCUACCUACCUAGAUGAAAAUAAUCCGUCCAAAUAGGCCUCAUCAUUGUACGGUAAAAAAAAGCACAAUUAUAUCAUGUUCGCAGUUAAUUUUUUUCGAUUUAUCUCAUUCGAUUUGACUAAUAUUUUAGAUAAUAUUCGAUGCCUUUAUUGUAAUCUGGAAGUAUUGAAUUCAUGCAGGCCCACCAAAAUACAGUGACAGAUACAAAAGAUGUAAUCUAAAUGUAUUUAUUUAUUAGUUUUUAUUUUAUUUUGAAGAAGUGUGCAAUCGGCCAACUUAAAGCCAUAUUCUGAUUUAAUGUAUUAUUUAUCACAAUACAACAAAUAACUCUAUAACAUAUCGCCCUCCCCUAACUGAACUGUUUACUAUAUUAUGGAGUCUAAUCCUUGUGCCUUACUGUGAUUUCAAAUUGACAAUCAAUUUAUAUGCACAGAUUAUUAUUUUUAUUUUUAUUUUUAAUAGCCUUUUCUUUGGCUAUUUUCAGUCUUAAAGUAUGUUUAACAAUGGAAGGAUGUAAUCUGGAUUUAAGUGCCUGAUUAUGUCUGUUCUCUGUAAAAACAGAGUUCUGGAGAAUGAUUGUGCUAUUGAUAACCAAACUGUUCACUGUUACAGAUCAAUUAGUUUUGUGUAUUUUACAGCACUUUGAAUUUGUAUGUUUAUUUAAAAGUACAGUUCUUUCCAUUUCAAGACUACAUAUCUCUCAGGGCUUGCACUAAUUUUUGCUGCUCAAGAAAAAAAACAAUAAAAGAAGAAUGUUACUGACCUUUAGAGAAGGAGAUCUCUGCACACAUCAUCCAGAUCAAAUCCAAAGAAUUCUGCCCAAAGAAUAUAGGAUGAUUUAUUAUUUAUAGCCAUAUUUAUAUGAUUAAUGAUCUGGCAUUAUUGUGUUAUUAGUAAAUGAGCAAAUUAAGGUUAUAUUUCUGGUUAUUCACAGCUAUUUAGUUGCUAUCUAUAAUAAGAAUAUAGGACAUUUCAAUCGUCCUUCAAUCGCGAUAAAAUAUGUGAUCCUUUUCCCCUGUAAUUGGAUUUAAAUCUUUAUAUUGUAUUUAAAAUGAAAUGACAUGUGUUUUUAAUAAUUGAGGAACUUAUUUUUACAUGUGUGUGAAUCCCAGCUAUUCAAGGGCUAUUUAUAAUAUGAGAUAAUAUAGGACAUUUCAGUGUGUCAAAAGUUAAAAAACGUCCCACACAUUUUCCCUGAAAUAAAUUAAAGCAUUAUAUCUUAUUUAAAAUGAUGUGUGACAUUUCCUAUGUACCAACUUUUUUAAUAUAUAUUGUGUAUGUUCUAUUUACAUCAGGCUCUGUAUUCAUUACCUGCCUUAAACACAUAAACAGGUUUCAAAUUGGAGUGAAAAGCUCUUUCACCUAGAUGCCAAAGCAGAAGCACGUGUUCAGUGUGCCUCUCCGACAGCAGGAGAUUAGGCCUCGGCACUGUAAUUGUGUUACAUUUAGGAUAAGACGUGAAUAACCAUUAUGCUGUGUAAACAGCAGUAAGUCAGGGGUUGUUUUUUGUGAGUUUACUGUGUCAACAAUGGAAAGGAAUGGAGAAAGUUUUUUUUUUUCCUGUUUGUUUCUUUUCUCCAGGAUUUGUUACUAAGGUGGGGGUUAGAUUACAGGCUGCGUGGCAUUUACGAGGACUUGUUGGACAGGUCUUAAACUGUAGGCAGUCAUGUGACCACGAACAGUGGACUCGCGUCUGUCUGUGAUCACCUACCACAAAAAGAACACACAGAUUUUGCAACUAUUGGCAAAAUGCCACUGUUCUGGCAGCUGUAUAAGAAAUGGGUUGUGCUCUAGGCAUAUA